GGAUGGGAGGGGCCUCCCCGUUGUAAUGCUGAGUGACCAGGAAAGUAUAUUUUCUUUCAUAAUUGUAUGUUCUUCAAUAUUAAAUUAUUUUCUUCCUAUUAAAUAGAAAUAAAUCCUCUCAGUAAGUACAGUCCCAGACCAGUGUGCAGUUCAGAGUUAAUGUCAGUCAGCCCAGAUAUCUCAUAAAUGAAAGUGAAAGUAGUUCUGGCGGGAAAAAUUCUUUCUACAUGAGGCAAGACGUGUGGAGUCCAUUAUGUCCCUCCACGGGAUCUCACUAAGGAGAGAGUUUCCCUUCCAGAAGGUUUCUGUUAUAUUACUGUGUCUGGCUCAUACUGCAGUAUCUGAGCCUGGAGUAAAAUGCAAAUUCUCAGGACCUGCCAUUAUAGGGGGUAACGCUACACUGAGGUGCCAACUCCCAGGAUCCUUUGAGGUGCUGCAGGUGACCUGGCAAAGGAGUAAAGAUGGCUUCCGAGAAAACAUUGCGACCUACAGCAACAAGUAUGGCGUCAAGGUACUGAGCCCCUUUAACAAACGAGUAGAGGUUUUCAACACAAGCCCAAAAAUGUCAUCCAUGAUGAUUUCUGCACUGACAAAGGAGGAUGAAGCCUGUUAUAUUUGUGUCUUCAAUGUGUAUCAGCACGGAGCCUACACUGGGCAAGUCUGUCUCCCCACCCUGGUUUCAGGCAGAGAAUGUAUUUGCUCUACUGUUGGGUCUCAUAUUCUCAAUAUCACUCUCAAUCCCCCCGAUAUCAACACUGAUUCUGCAACACAGUCAGAAGGUGGAAUAACAGGGUCUAUACGGAAAGGCACCCUUACAGAAGAGAAUGUGACCUGUACUUUCCAGUUGCCCAGGACAGGCAGACAAAAACGGGAUAUUACAGAACAACAUAAUGAUCUGGAUGACGAUGAGGAAAUUGUCUCUACAAAUUGUUCUGCAUCUGGCAAAACAAAACCUUAUAUAAUGUGGGAGAAUGAAGGGAAACCCGUCAGUGCAGAAUAUAAAGAAAAAGUAACUGGUGAUAUCACAACUGUCACAAGUACUCGCUGGUACUCACUGGCCUGGCUAUCGGCACAGGAUAAACCAAUCAUCUGUCAUAUCACAAUCAACCCCGGUGCCAUAGGUGAAAGAAGACAGUCCAGUACUUCUCAAGAGGAGAAUUCUCAGAUUCCACACAAACGUUCUUUAGAUAACGAAAAAACUAAAAAGCAAGACAGCCAUUAUGUCCGAUUAGCCAUAGUAAUUGUUGCAUUUGCAUUUGUCCUGCUCCCUGUGUGUUUCCUUAUCUGGAAAAGAAAAGCUUGGCAAGCUCAAAAGGCACAGCCACUGAAAGAGGCUAAACUUGAAUGUAAAUCUGAAUCUGAAUCCCACACAUAUGGGACACCAAACAAACUUAACGGGACCCCUACUACCACUAAGGUUUAUAUCAGCAGUACUCCAGGAUCUGAAAUGUCAAAGAGAAAUAAUAAAAGACACAAUCAGGAUAUAGAGAACACAUCGACCCCCAAAUCUGCAAAGUCCAAAGCAAGACUGCAUUCAAAAACUGAUGACGGAAAAAUACCUCCAAAGAGAAAACUGUGGACAGAUUCAUAGGCGGAGGGCGACGUUUGUAUUCGGGGAGGCUAAAGUUGACCAUACACAGACUAACUUACAAUGAGAUUUGUAAAAAAUUAUCAACCCAAUAACCACUCACAGUUCCCACUGACUUCAGUGGGAAGUGCUUAAUCCAAUAAAGGAUGGGAUGCACCGAAUCCAGUAUUCUGCAUUUUUCUGCAGGAUUUGGAUUCGGCCGAAUCCUUCUGUCUGGCUGAACCGAAUCAUAAUUUGCAUAUGCAAAUUAGGGACAGGGAGGGGAAUCGUGUGACUUUUUGUCACAAAACAAAACGAAAAAUGUUUUCCCCUCCCCACCUCUAAUUUGCUUAUGCAAAUUAGGAUUCAGAUUCGGUUCUGUAUUCGGGCGAAUCUUUCCCAAAGGAUCCAAAAUAGUGCAUUUGGUGCAUCCCUUAUAAAUACCCUCUUAUUUACUAGUACCUGUGUUGGAAUAACUGUAUUAGAAAAUCAGAAAAUAUUUUGUGGUGUUUUGUUGCCCAACGUAUAUAGUGGCAUAUAAAGUGGCAGCAGCACUCACUGAAGGGCGGACAAUAAAGUUAUUUAUCAAAAUCCAAAUUUUCGGAUUUUUUAAAUAAAAAAAAAAGUCUGACUAAA